GGCAGCGGCCGCCGCCGCCGCAUCCGACUCCGGCUCGGGGCUGACUGCCCGGCUAUUGCCCGGCACCCAGGUGUCCCUGGUGUGGGAGACCCUCCUGCCGACGUAUGCCCUGGCGCUGAGCGCGUCGCGGUAUGUGGCGGCCGUGGCGCUGGGCGAUCCGGACGGCACGGCCGGCACGGCCAGCGGCGGCUGCGGCCAGGUCCAGGUGUUUAGCACGGCCAGCGGGCGACUGCUCCUGCCGACCAUCUACCUGAAUGAGCCGGUUCGGUCGCUGCACGUGGCCGGCUGGCUGGUGCUGGUUACCACGACCACCGCGCUGCAUGUGUUCGAUGCGGCCGAGCAGUGCCGGGCCCGGCAUGUCCACGGGGCCGAGCCCUCGCCUGAUGGAUUGAGCUUCGCCGGGCUGCUGUCGGCUGCGCGGGCUGGGCCGACGGCGCGGCUGCUGCAGUCGCGCCUGGUCCUGUCGGCCGAGGCCCUGCCGCGCUGGGUGCCGCGCCUGACCAUCGCCCAUACGGUGCCGGGCGGCGCGCCGGCCGGCGGCGGGGCCAAGCCCCCCUCCACCAGCGUGGUGGUGGUGCAUGAGUAUGAGUUUGCCCGGCGCCUGGGGGCCUGGGUGCGCGUCAGCGAGGAGGGCCUCAGCGUGCUGUCCCUGUACCGGGACCCGAUUGGAGCCACCUUCCAGGAUGGGUCGUCGGUCUUUUCGUCGGCCUUCAUCGCGGAGCUGGGGCUGACGCCGUCGCAGCUGGCGGCCGGGACGGCCGGGGGAUCGGCGGCGGCGGCGGCGGCGGCGGCGGCGGCAGGGCCGGCCACCGGGCGCGGGCGUGGUCCCCCCGGGCGCGGGCCGCGGUCAGCUGGCGCCGCGGCCGCCGUGCCUCCGCUGGACCCGGCGGCCAACUUGCGGCUGGAGGCGCGCAUUCGCCGGCGCGUCGACCGGGCGGCCAUCGCCCUGGGUCUGGGGCCACUGGGGUCGGCCACGGCGCGCGAGCAGCGCCUGGCCACGCUGCUGACCCUGGAGCGGCGUCUGGCCCUGGCCCGGCAGGGGAUUGCCCUGGCCGGGGACCAGGGGCCUGGCCAGCUGUUGUCGUCUCAGUCGCCGGGUGGCGGCUCGGGGUCGCGGGUGUCAGCCGGCCCGGCGGCCGGGGACCUCGGGCGCUUUGACCACCUGCAUGUGUGGCCGCACCGGCUGCCGGUGGUCACCGGUGUGGCGGCCCCCCUGACGCCGGAGCAAAGCUACGCCGUGUCGAUGUUGGCGUAUGUCCGGGCAGCGGCCGAGGCGCGGGACCGCCUGCGCGUGCGCGCCGCCGUUGAUGAGCUCCUUUACAAUGGCACCGGCGAGGGGGAGGCAUUCGUGUCGCUGGCCGGCCCGGGCAGUGGGCCUGGCGCUGCUGCUGCUGCUGCUGAUGAUGAUCCCUUCGAGCACUCCUUUGCCCUGGGCGGCGGCGGCCAGGCAGCCGGCAUUGGGACGGUGGUGCCCGGUGCCGCGGCCCCCGGCAGUGGCUUCUCCACGGUCUUCCGGGCCAAGCUCCUCCUUCACAUCCUCGACUCGGUGCCGGUGCCGCCGUCGCCGGCCGGGCCGUCGCCGGGCACUGGAGUCGGCGAGGGGUCGGCCGCGGCGGCCGGGACCCUGGUGCCCGGGUCCGGGGCGGCCUCGGCCCAGGCGUCGGCCACGUCGGCGGGCGCCGCCCGGCCGCCCGUCGGCGGGGGGAUUGAGCUGCUGCUGGGCGAUUCGUCCAUCCGUCCGUUGGCCCUGGCCCAGUCGCAGCCACCGCACUUGCCAUUCGCCACCGGGGCCGGAGCGGCCGCCGGGCUGGCGCAGUUGCACGGUGCCGGGGACUUUGUGUCCGGCUUCCUGUGAGAGGGGGGCCGGAUGUAUCCGGUCUUUCUCCCCUGCCGGCUCUUUUGCUCCGUCUGGUUGCCGCCACAGGACAUUUUUGUGCUUGCUGGCCGUGUGCUCCCUUCGUGCAUGCGUGCGUGCGUGCGGGGGGAGAGGGGAGGCCAAGCACGGCGCGUCUGGCCCCGCUUUUUGACCUCCAUCCCUUUGCUCGAAACGAAAUAGACACACUCUAGCCUUGCA